AUGUCACUAGUCGGUAGAAAGAGGCCCGUCAUGACGCUACCAAACAUGCGGACAUCGCCCUUAGAGGAGGUCAAUCCUACUGAUGGUGAAGACUGGAAACCAAUACCUGAUGGGUUCUCCUACGGAACUGAUCUCGUGAAGUUCAUCAGAGAACUUUAUGGAGACUAUUUCACCAUCUGUGUGGCAGGUUAUCCCCACGGUCACCCGGACUGCGCCAACUACGAUGAGGAUAUUCAACAUCUGAAGGAGAAGGUGGACGCGGGUACAGAUUUCAUCAUCACGCAGCUGAUCUUCGAGGCCUCAACUUUCAUCAAGUUCUACCAUGACUGGGAUUACUGUUCCCAUCAUGCCAGGAAUACUGCCCGUUCAGAUGACGACGCCGCGAUCCAAAAGUUUGGCAUCUGUUUGCCGUCAACAUGUGCAAAGAGCUACUCAACUCUGGAAUGGUGA